ACCCAUAUCUGUAAACCGGUGACACACGGUCUCGAUUCUAGCAUUGUUUCACCCACAGCAUUAGGGCGAAGUUACGUCAGUCCUCAAGUAAGCUGUGUGAGGCUUUGAAUUGGCGCGGACGGUGGAUAAGAAAGCGGAGAACGAGACGGAGGUGAAAUCUCGCGAGAGGAGCACCGUGACAGACAGCGGAGCGGUGGAGUUGAAGCGAAUUGCGUUUAGCCGCUAUGGCUUUUAAGGAACACUUUAUCCCGUUUUUUCGUGUUCCUUCACGUAUUUCCUGAGAGCUGCCCGCGUAUCGCACAGGCUGAGGAACCGCAGCUUUAGUCAACAACUCCAUGGGUGACCUUCCAUUUCCGGACCCUCCUGUGUGACGCAGAGCAGACGGUGGUGGAUGACAGCAGGAAAGUUGGUGUACCCAUGGAACUGCUCAUUGGGAACAUGUUCAAGCUGGAGAUUUGGGAGCUACUAUUGACCUCCAUGAGAAUUGGAGAGGUUGCCCAAUUUUGGUGUGACAUAACACACACUGGAUUGUACCCCAUCGUGGCCAAGAGUCUUCGACGUAUUGUCGAUGGGAAGGACCCUGUUGACUGGCACGUUCACACCUGUGGUAUCGCCAACAUGUUUGCCUAUCACAGCUUGGGGUAUCCUGAUUUAGAUGAGCUACAGAAGGAGCCCCAGCCACUUAUUUUCGUCCUUGAGUUGCUCAAGGUUGACCAGCCCAGUGAGUACACACGGGAGUCCUGGGCUCUGAGUGAUGAGGAGAGGAUGAAAGCUGUGCCCAUUCUUCACGGUCAGGGAAAUAAACUCUUCAAACUAGGUCGGUAUGAGGAGGCCACCAAUAAAUACAGGGAAGCCAUUAUCUGCCUGAAGAACGUGCAGACCAAGGAGAAAGCCUGGGAGGUCCCCUGGCUGAAACUGGAGAAGAUGGUUCACACGCUGACUCUGAACUACUGCCAGUGUCUUUUGAGGUUGGGCCAGUAUUACGAGGUCUUGGAGCACACCACUGACAUUAUCACCCACCACCCUGGUGUCCUUAAAGCUUACUACCUGCGAGCCAAGGCGCAUAUGGAGGUGUGGAAUGAAGCCGAAGCUAAGCAAGAUUUCCAGAAAGUUCUUGAGCUGGACCCCACCAUGGCUAAAACUGUCAGGAAUGAGCUGCAGCUGCUUUGCAUGAGAAUGGAAGAGAAGAGAGAGGAAGAAAAACUAAAAUUCAGGGGGAUGUUUUGAUCUGAUCAUGGAAAAGUGCGGCCUGUGGUGGUCUGUCACAGGCCUUCACUUCCAGAUCUGCACAUUGAAUGUACUGGGAGCCCUUUGGAUCUGGACUGUGACCAAUAAUGAACGCUGUCACAUCCUUACCACAGAAAGUGUAGCUUAGCACUUAAUGCUUUUGUUGUGACUUGGGCGUCCCAAAGCAUGAAAGUCCUAAACUGUAUUUCCAAAGAUGCCCACUAGAGGGGGAAAUCCUGUUGAACACCCCAGCUAGACACAAAAGGGGCCUGUUACUGUAGAAUCUUUAUGAAAUAAAAAAAAGUUUAUUCUUAAUGAAGAAAUCUAACAUAACAAGAAGCUUCAUUUAGUGCAAAGUCAUAAAGGAGUUGCCUAAACAGUGAGGCAGUUCAAAGAGAACAAAGUCCCAAACAAACCAUCCAAUCGUGAAGUCAAAAAACAGAAAAUGAAGUAAAAGAAAUCAAAAUCAUGUUAAGCACAGAAAAUUACAGUAACUCACCACUCCCAAUCAUAACUGGAAGGAACCGCCAUGAACUGUGGGAGACCCUCCAGAUUUAUAGGGCAGAUGGCAACUCCUAGCAGUGAUUGGCAGGUGGCUCCUCCCCUUGGGGAACCACCCACAAAACACGUUACAUAUACCACAGGCAUAAAAAGCAAAGCACAUAAUGAAUGCAAGUAACAUUACCAUUAAAAAAUAACCCAAAAGUGAACACAAAAUGCAUAAAACAAGGACAUGAGCUCCAGCAGGGGAGAAGCCCUGGCCUAAAUAACAAGUUUGGAUUUUAAACAUCAAGGCUGUCAGUCCUGUCUUAUCCUGCAUGUACUCAAACCAUUAAAAAACAAUAUUCUUGAUCUGUGCCCCUUUUCCUCCUACUUCCCAUAGGUGAGGUCAUUUGGU